CAAAGGCCUCCCCCUACCUCAUUGGAAAUUAAUGCAAAUGGCUCAUUGCUCUUUCUUCUUCUUCUUCUUCUUCUUCUUCUUCUUCUCAUUAGGCUUUUUGCUUCUCUUUGCUAAUGCCGAAGUUCACUACCAUGAUUUUGUUAUUCAAGCAACACCAGUGAAGAGGCUGUGCAAAACUCACAGCACCAUCACUGUUAAUGGGAUGUACCCAGGGCCAACCUUGGAGGUGAACAAUGGUGACACUCUUGUUGUCAAAGUUACCAACAAAGCUAGAUAUAAUGCUACCAUUCACUGGCAUGGUAUUCGGCAAAAAAGAACUGCAUGGGCCGACGGUCCAGAGUUCGUGACUCAGUGUCCGAUUAGACCUGGAAUGACUUACACUUACAGGUUCACUAUCGAGGGUCAAGAAGGCACAUUGUGGUGGCAUGCACAUAGCUCUUGGCUUAGAGCCACUGUUUAUGGAGCUCUGAUUAUUCAUCCUAAAGAAGGUUCUUCCUAUCCAUUCCCCAAGCCAAAGCGUGAAACCGCAAUUAUGCUUGGGGAAUGGUGGGAUGCCAAUCCUAUGGAUGUUGUGAGACAGGCUACUUUAACUGGAGCAGCUCCAAAUGUAUCCGAUGCUUACACCAUUAAUGGCCAACCUGGAGAUCUCUACAACUGUUCCAACCAAGAUACUGUGAUUGUUCCAAUUGACUUUGGUGAGACCAACCUCCUGAGAGUCAUAAAUUCUGGCUUAAACCAGCCACUUUUCUUCACAAUUGCCAACCACAAGUUCACAGUUGUUGGAGCUGAUGCCUCUUAUCUCAAACCCUUCACCACCUCUGUUAUCGUCCUGGGACCUGGCCAAACCACGGAUGUUAUAAUUCAAGGUGAUCAGCCUCCAUCUCGGUACUAUAUGGCUGCACGAGCCUAUGCCAGCGCCCCAACUGCCCCGUUUGACAACACCACAACCACAGCUAUUCUUGAGUACAAAUCUGCGCCUUGUCCCCCAAAGGGUCUUUUUGUUAAACCGGUUAUGCCAACUUUACCGGCUUUUAAUGAUACAAAUACUGUCACUGCAUUCACCACCCAGUUUAGAAGUCCCCAGAAAGUUGAAGUCCCAACUGACGUUGAUGAGAGCCUCUUCUUCACUGUUAGCCUUGGACUCAACAACUGUCCUCCAAAUUUUAACUCCAAUCAAUGCCAAGGACCCAAUGGUACUCGUUUCACUGCCAGUAUGAACAAUGUAUCCUUUGUGCUACCAGCAAACUUCUCUCUCUUGCAAGCACAUCACCAAAGCAUUCCAGGAGUUUUCACCACUGAUUUUCCAGCAAACCCUCAAGUGAAAUUCGAUUACACAGGAAACGUUAGCCAAUCACUCUGGCAACCUGUUCCAGGAACCAAAGUGUACAAGUUGAAGUAUGGCUCAAGAGUGCAGAUUGUGUUACAAGGCACAAGCAUCUUCACACCAGAAAACCACCCAGUUCACCUCCAUGGAUAUGAUUUCUACAUCAUUGCCGAGGGUUUCGGAAACUUCAAUCCCAGGACUGAUACUUCUAAAUUCAACCUCGUUGAUCCACCCCUCAGAAACACCGUUGGUGUGCCUGUGGGAGGAUGGGCAGUCAUAAGAUUUGUUGCAGAUAAUCCAGGAGUAUGGAUAAUGCACUGUCACUUGGAUGUUCAUAUAUCAUGGGGCCUGGCCAUGGCCUUCUUAGUGGAGAAUGGAGUAGGAGAAUUGGAGGCACUGGAAGCACCACCACUGGAUUUGCCUCCAUGUUAAAAACACGAUCGGCAGAGUUAAUUCCAAUACACCAUCAUUAUAUUAGAAUUCAUAAUCCCAAUUGCAAGAAGGGUAAUCUUAUUAUGUUUCGGUGUUGUUUUCCCUGCAUUUGGGGAUAUAGUAAUUGCCUUUUUAAUGUUCUUUUUGAUAGAUAAAGUGGACUUAAAGGAGAUGGUGCCUUGGUUGCAACAGUGUUUAGAUUUCUAAAACAGCAAUCAAUAAUUCAAAUAGUAUAUUCUUCUAA